AUGAGUUCUUCAUCAAACUCUCGUGAACCUUCACCAUCUAUGAAACAAACUUUACCAAACGAUUAUGGAGCACCUAUUGAAUAUUUCUUACGAGCUGCACAAUGGCAAAGAGCAGUCUCACCAAGGUUAGGUGUUCCACCAGCUCCUGUCAAAAAUAGCAUUUGGUCACGUCCUUAUAUAAGAUAUGGUCUCCCACUAGGUUUGCUAGCUACAGCAGGAGCAGUUAUGAUGUUGAAAAGAAAUAAAGCAAAUGUUGUAAAUAAUACUGAAGUAGCUGAAGUUAAACAAACUCCAACACCUUCGCCAAAACCAACGCCUUCACAAGCAAAACCUUCAAUGACUCCUGAACCUAUGGAAGUACAAACUCCUGUUCAAAAGUCAACUCCUAAACCGACUCCAACAUUUAAACCAGAACCUACUCCUCAAAUAAAUCGUAAAACUCCUGCGUUUCCUUACUGA